AUGCCUUUGUCGCAGAAGGCAAAUUUCUAUGAACGGAAAAGCGAAAAGGCCUUGUGCAACUUAUCUAAGUUGAUUGGCCUCGUAGAGAAGAAUUAUGCCGACGCGAUAGAAUUCCUUCAGAAAGCAAUAAGCUACCUAGAUCAGGCGAAGGCUGACAUCUGUAGUGGCAGUGAGGAAGAAUUGCGUAUCUAUGAAAUGCGCCAAGCAUCUCUGCAACGACAAUUUGAAACCCUUCAGCCCUACCGAUUCCUUUUGAUCCAUCGACCUACCGCAGAUGCAAAGUCUACUCGAAGCCGAAGUUUAGACUCGCGCCUCCGCAAAUCAACAGAAGGCUUCGUCUUCCUUGUUGAUGAAAAUGGAAAUAAUCCUCUUAGGGACCUAACCCCCUACGAGGCCAAACCGACCGUUGUCUUGAAGAAUUAUUCAAAGCCGAGUGACCAAAGACUUGAAGAAUGCGAAGUACGUAUGGCAGAGCUGGAAAAAAUGGUAAAUGAACUUUCUCUGAAACUGGAGGAAUCCGAACGUCGAGCAGCUCUCGAAGAAAACGCGCGUCUGGCAGCGGAAGGGGAGUUACUAAUGAUACGGCGACCGCACCAUUGGGGCUGCUCUCCUCUUGAAACCAAUUCUGUUUACAACUCCGUCUCCAUAGACACUUGUAACCGUUCCUACACGCCUGAUGACACGGCCCCCCAUUAG